CAUACAUUUGUACAUAAAAUAAAAACAGACUCCAAAAACCAACAAUAAUCUAUAAACAAAAAUGAAACAACUUCAUGUUACAUAAAAUAUGUGUAUGUUUACAUACAUAAUUUUUUAAAAAUGGCUUUAAUCUGAAGACGAUGAAGAAAUGGUAACCUGCAGAUCACUGUCGUCAUUUUUCGCUGGUAAGGAUGGACCUGGCUUAAAAAAAUUGUCCACCGUUGUUUGUCUUGCCUUCUUGUCUAUUUCGUCCUUCAGUAAUAAAUAUGUACAUAAAACACUCACACACAAGUCUAAACCAGCCGCUUUAUGAGCACACACUGAAUAACGCUCGUAAACAAGAGGAAAUAGAAAAGAAAGUGCAUCGAGAUUGCGCUUGCGCAAGAUUGGCAACAUGUAGAUAUAUCGACAUCGAAAAAAAGUUUUUUUUUGCCGUUAUAGCGAAACAUUUUAGGCCGUAAAUCGAAAACGUGCCUUAAUCGAAGAGAGCCGUUAUAGCGAAAUGCCGUAUAAAGAGCAGCCGUAUAGCGAGACUUUUCUUAAAAUGAUGGAAGAUUUUAAUUCUGCAAUAUCUGCUGAAAUUGUUGCAACUUGUGGAGCAAUUGGUUAUAACAAUAAAGGAAAAUAUGUGAAGGAUCCAGACUGUUCAGAAUGUUUAAAAGAUUUAAUUCGAUUUUUAAGAAAUGAUGAUGAAAGUCAUAGUAUAAGGAGACAGCUGGCUAGAAUUGGAGUUUUGAAAACUGAUUUAAUACCUCUUCUUAAGUAUUAUCCUAAAGAUAAAACUUUGUUUGAUAUAAACAUAAGGUAG